AUGGUCGAGUAUGAGGUUCAUCAUGUCUCCUUAGGCCCAGAGGAGCCCAUUAACUUGGAGGGAUCCUACCCACUAUUAGGCGAUCAUUCGCGAUCCGGCCUUGCAAAAGUCGACCCUCGGUUUGUCGACACCCAUGCUCGGCUGAGCCGUAGCAUGCGGCUUAUCGAACUUGCCGGGAAGAUAGCGCCAGAGAUUCUGUCGAAAUCACCGGAACAGCCAGAUGAUUCGCUACCGCAGGCGCCUCCUCGGGAACAACGAAGGUCUCUAUCCCCUGGACUUCAGCCGGAGAAGAAUCGACGCUUCUCUGUGGCGAACGUCCUAGGUUCCUGCCUUCUCCCCCUUUGGCUCGUGUUUCCGAACAAGGUUCGAGCGAUUGUCUAUAACGCAUUACGAAAUCUCGGAAAAUACCUCUACGGGCGCAGUGAUUCCUUGACGGUCCAGCGGUUGCCGUUUGGCCUUUACUUGAAGUACCAUGGUGAUCUUCCGCUGUACGAUAACGAAAGGAAGGCGUUACAGACCGUUCGCCAGCAUACGACAAUACCGGUUCCGGCACCGCUUGAUGUGGUUGAGGUCACGCCUGAGGACCCCAAUGACCGAUACUCCUUUUCCAACGGCUACAUGCUCAUUACUCGGGUCCCAGGAAUUCCGUUAUCCUCAUGCCAGGACAUCUUAUCUGACCAAGACUUUGAGCACAUCGGUUACCAAAUGAAGGACUACCUGUCUCAGCUACGAGAUAUCCCCAAGACGGUCAAUCCCGGGAUGGCCAUCUGCAACACCCUUGGCGAAGCGUGUAGGGACGCCCGUGUCUGCGGAGACGCGCCUGUUGGGCCGUUUGCGGAUGAAGCCGCUUUCAGCCAAGUCCUCCGUUUCUCCGAUGAUCCGAGCCGUCGUGGGCAUCGAAUUUUCUUCACGCACGCUGAUCUUAACCCGCGAAAUAUCCUGGUCGACAGGGUCGUUCGUCGGGACGGAAGACCCGGGUGGCAGAUAUCCGGAAUUGUGGAUUGGGAGAUGGCGGGCUACUAUCCCGAGUACUGGGACUAUACUAAGGCGCUCUUCGAAGGUUUCAGGUGGGGGAAUCGGUAUACAAAUUGGGUUACUGCGGUGUUCUCGGCCUUUGGAGACUAUUCCAGAGAGCUUGAUGUUGAAAGGCGAAGUUGGGAAUCCGGGGAUGGUGUUUGA